AUGUCUCAGCUAUCUAUUGCAUCAGGGGUUCUUCUCCCCCUCUUUGCACUUCUCAACCAAAUCAGCCCCGGGUCCGCGACCAGCGUUCCCGUUAUCACGUGUUCUACCUCUUCGGUUCAAUUCUUCGAAAACCCCAGUUUUGAAAGUGCGCUCAGUGAUUGGGAGAUCAGUAAUAUAUAUGGGGGCACGUCUUAUAGCAUCGUCGAGGCUGGCACGUCAUCUGCCAAAGGAUCAGCCGCCGAAGAUGGCAGCUAUUACCUACAAACAACCGGUUACAUCCAUGACUUCGACCUGUCUCAAAUGAUCAGUGGUCUUGAAAUUGGAAAUAUAUACACAGUCUCGUAUUAUAGCGCACUGUACCAAACUGGCUUUUGGUCAACCAGGUGCUGGAACUAUGUCUACAAGGAUACUACCUCCAGCCAAAUCAACUAUUUCAAUUAUGAUUUGUCCAGCUCGUGGACAGCACAUACCUUCACCUUCCAAGCAACUGCGACCAGUCAUACUUUGAUCUUUAGCAUAGACUGUGGUUCGACGGACUCAGCGGGAAAAUGGUCGAUUGGCUGGGACAAUUUCCAGGUCUCUGGGCCCUCCAAUGUGUGCACUACAACCUACUCGACCAUUUCCACACCUACUCCAACGCCAUCCCACAGGCCCACAUCUUCAUCUGCCGCUAUCCCAUCGUCAUCUGCCGCUAUCCCAUCGUCGUCUGCCGUUAUCCCACCAUCAUCUGCCGCUAUCCCAUCGUCAUCUGCUGUUAUCCCAUCGUCGUCUGCCGUUAUCCCACCAUCAUCUGCCGCUAUCCCAUCGUCGUCUGCUGUUAUCCCAUCGUCGUCUGCCGCUAUCCCAUCGUCGUCUGCCGUUAUCCCACCAUCAUCUGCCGCUAUCCCACCAUCAUCUGCCGCUAUCCCAUCGUCAUCUGCUGUUAUCCCAUCGUCGUCUGCUGUUGUCAUUUCGUCGUCUAGAGCUAUCCCGGUUUCAUCCACAGCUGUCCCAUCGUCAUCCGUAACUGUCUCAUCAUCGCCCCUUACUAGUGCCAUCUCUUCCACCACAGCAUCUGGAACUGGUGCCGGCAAUAGUGGUGGAAUAGGAUCUAGCCAUAGCUCAUCUUCCGUGAGCACUUCUACAGUCUCUUUGACUACCACAUUUCCACCCCAUAGUGGAAGUAGCAUUGGAAGUAGCCAUACCGGUAUCUCGCCUUCUUCCAGCCAAGGUGGAUCUGGUGCUGUUGGAUCGACUACAUCAACGAUUUUUACCACACGGACUGCUACUAUCACGGCCUGUCCCUCAACGGUUUCGAACUGCCCAGCAACUGCAAAGACUACAUAUGUCACUACAGAGACUGUCGUCGUCUCGACAACAAUAUGCCCUCUGACUGCGAUUGAUUCAACAACCAAACCAACAACUACAACUAGAUCUAUUUUUGAUACCCAACCGGGUGACAACUCUAUUACUGAGACUAUUUACACUACUAGAGUCUCUACAGUAUAUGAGUGUGCCCCGUCGGUUACCAACUGCCCUUAUGCAUCGAAAACUGGGCAUGUGGUUACAGAAACCCUUGUUGUUGGGACUACCGUUUAUCCUACUGGGGCUGUUCCUACGCAGGAUUUCAUCUCUAACACUGGCUUCAGCUCUACCACUAGCUCUGGGUUUGGAUCUGGAUCUGGCCGCAAUCCUUCGGCCACUGGAAGUGUCUCUCCUUCUUCCACCCUUCUAGCAUCUUCUCACCAAAGUGCCUCUUUGACAACGAGUGCAAGCCCAUCAACGUUUACAGGCGGCUCCGUGUCGGACCUAUCAUCCCUGUCUGGGUUCCUUAUUACUAUUUGCGGUCUUUUGGCUGCUCUACAGUUUCUUUUUUAG